UUGUAAUGUCGGACCGGGGCGUGGCUGGGGGAGAAAGUAUCCGAACUGGGUGGGCUUGGACCGGGUUCUACCUCGCUAGUGUGCCCGGUGUCUUCACGGCCUAGCUGCUUGCCAACCGGCGCAGAAACAAACUGCUUGAACGUGUUUUAUUCCAGGUUGUGUGCGGAGCGGUGCGACUAUUUGGGUCAUAAAUGGAGACAAGCUGACACCCAAUGACCCGGACAGCCACACAACCACAACCACCCCCACAUGAGAAGAAGUGAUCAGACCUGAAGAACAAGACACAAACCUUUUUGGGCCGACAUGGACGGGGAGGACGAUGUCUCGCACACAGGGGAGGACGUGCUUGGCUCCAUAGACAAGAAACGAGAGGCGAAGGGGAUCUGCCUAAAGAUCGAGGGUCAGGAUGGAUAUGUGUUUAAAUCCUACAGCAUGAACCCCCGAGAGACUAUGGCUAUCAAGUCGUCUAUCUCCUCAACACUGGAUAAAGACCUCCCUCCCUCCGUCCAUGUAUGUUCUCAGGGUAAGACAGAAAAAGACCCAGUGUCUCAGUCUCUUUCAAGCAAAUGGCUCGGCAUCAGCACAGAUGAAAACGCAGAGAAAGAAAACUACGAAAUUGCUAACGAGCCGAAUGAGCACAUUAAAGAAGAAAGUCGGGAGACAAACGAUUUAGAGGAUGAAACACAGGAUUUUGAAAAAUUGGAAUUCGGCCCUUUUUUGACAAGAGAUGGGGAUGACUAUAGUAACCUGCUAAAUGGCUACACAAGCACUCUUUACGAUGUUGCCAUGGACGCUGUCACCCAAAGCCUUCUGGCGUCGAUGAGAAGCCAAACUAACUCUAGGAAAAAGUCCCCCGCAUGGAAUCAUUUCUGCAUAUCACCGAGAGAUAACACCAAAGCAAUCUGUUUGUACUGCAUGAAAGAGUUCAGUCGGGGAAAGAACGAGAAAGACCUCAGUACAAGCUGCUUGAUGAGACACGUGCGAAGGGCCCACCCUACCAUGCUCUACCAAGAUGGCGCCGACGCAUCAGCGCACACUCUGAGUUCUUUAGCCUCCUCUUUGAUCCCUCCUUCGCCAAACUCGCCAAAAAACGGGGACGUAAACAAUGUAACGUAUCCUGGGUCAAAGAACACGUCACCGUCCACGUCUUCUGCUGAAAAUUCUGACUUAUCAUCCAAAGAGGCGUUACCCAAAGUCGAACCAAAACCUGAGCCUGUUUGCAGCACGCUUGCACCCUCGCAUUCUUGUGAAAACAACCUUGAAGACAUGUCUGACGGAAGCACCGAACGCCUUCCCUGUAACCCAAAAAGCGCAAGUUCCCGUCGUAGAUCGGCUGUAUGGAAACACUUCUACCUUUCACCCUUGGACAGUUCCAAGGCGGUAUGCAUCCACUGCAUGAAUGAAUUCAGCAGGGGGAAAAAUGGGAAGGAUCUUGGCACAAGUUGUCUUAUUCGUCACAUGUGGAGAGCCCACAAAGAGGUCGUCAUUGAGGAAAAUGGACUAGGCAAUCACAUCCCUCCACCCUACACAAACCCGCCGUCACUCUUGUCCCGCACACCAAUACAUGACCCGCUAGAUGUAAAAAAAGAAUCACCACUUCCGUCUUCACCAGAAACCAUAUCAGAUGAGGUAUCCCAAGCUGCGGUGGAAAGCAUGGAUAUAAAAGAGGAAUCUGAUGAAGCUAUGCUUCUAUCCGAACAGGAACCCUCUCUCAAUCUGCUUUUUAGCGGUCCUGAAGAGGAUACACCUGUAACUUCAUCGCCAUGUGAUCUCUCUGAGGCUCCCAACCUCAACCAGAAUCAUGCUAUAUUUCAGCAGAACAAAAAAAUAAUGAAACGGGUAAAAUCCGAGGUCUGGCAGCAUUUCCUUGUAUCGCCCGUUGACCAGUUAAAAGCACUGUGCCGUUACUGUCCAUGCGUCAUCAGUCGUGGGAAACGGGGGGACUUUGGCACAAGCUGUCUAAUGAGGCACCUCAUGAGGCGCCACCCAGACGUCCUACAAAACCAAAAAAACACCGACAAGGAGCCCUCCCCCCAGCCCUAUGUUGACAUGACCCCAGACACAGUUUCAACCAAAGAAACUGAAAGCCCUGCCAGUGAGAAAAAGCCACAAACCGGCAUCAGUAAGAAGACGUCCAAACUGUGGAACCAUUUCUCGAUUUCACCGACUGACCCCACCAAGGUGAUUUGUUUGCACUGUAGCCGCACUAUAAGUCGAGGCAAAAAGACUACAAACCUCGGCACCAGCUGCCUCUUCAGGCACAUGCAGAGGUUUCACAGACAAUUCCUCGAAAGCAACAAUACUAUCUCAGGUGACGUGCCAUCUGCUGAAAUUUGCGUCAAACAGGAACUCGUAGAUAUGUCCGUUUACGACGCGAAGCAGAGCCACGAGAGGUUUGACGAACACCACCCAGUUGCCAAAAAAAUAACCAAACUUAUCGCUGAAAUGAUUGCACUGGAUCUUCAGCCAUCAUCCAUGGUGGAAAAUGCUGGACUGAACCGAUUACUAGAGUACCUCCAGCCUCAGUAUUGUCUACCAACCUCAUCUUACUUCACCAGCACUGCAAUACCAGAUAUGUACGCGAAGGUGAAGGACGUCGUGCUGACACACCUGAAAGAGGCUGAGGGUGGAGUCAUCCACUUCACAACGAGUAUUUGGGUCAGUAGUCAGACAAAGGAGUACUUGACCCUCACUGCUCACUGGGCAACUUACGAGUCCAGCGUCAGACCCCAGGGCCAGGACUUCCACUGCUCAGCUCUCCUAAGUGUGUCCAACAUAGACUGUGACCAGGAUAUGCACGACAUCCCAAAGCAGCUGGAGUAUCUCUGGGAUUCAUGGAUCGUCUCCUCAGGGCUGAAGAAGGGUUUCACUGUGACCGACAACGCCAGCAUCAGAAACAAUCUGGAAGACCACGGCCAUGUCACAGUGCAGUGUUUCGGACACACAAUUGACCUCAUUGUUAGCGAAGCCAUAAAGAGCCAGAGAAUGGUUCAGAACCUUCUGAGUAUCGCACGAAAGAUCUGCGAGCGCGUGCACCGCUCGGCCAAGGUGAAGGAGAAGCUGGCCGAACUCCAGAGAGACCACCAUCUACCGGAGAACCAACUUGUUCAGGACAUCCCUUCUAAAUGGAGAACUUCCCUUUUAAUGCUGGAGCGGCUGUUGGAGCAAAAAACCGCCAUUGACGAGAUGUCAAUCGAGUGCAAUUUCAGGGAGAUCAUCAGCUGCGACCAGUGGGAGGUGAUCCAGUCCGUCUGCCAUACACUGAAACCUUUCGACGUGGCCUACCAGGAAAUCAGCAGCCGCACUGCCACUCUGGGACAAGUGAUACCACUCAUUCAUAUCCUCAAUCGAAAGAUAGACCUGCUGUUUGACGAGACCGUGGGCAUAGACACCAUGCUCAAGUCCCUCAAAGAAGCAAUGGUGAGCAGAAUUUCAGCCACCUUGCACGACCCACGCUUCACCUGGGCGACCAUGCUGGACCCCCGUUAUAAGACUUCAUUGUUCACAGAGGAAGAUGCAGAGCAAUGCAAGCAAGACCUGAUCCAGGAGCUGUACUUGUUUUCUUCUACCUCAGCAGAAAAGUCCUCACUGCCCAACAGCUGCAACAAAGCCCUCGCGCCCGACGGCACGGCCAUUUCCAGAAAGGACAACAUCUGGUCCCUGAUGGCCGACUUAAGGCAAAAGGUCAAACAAGAGAAGCCAAAGUCCUCCGAAUUGGCAGUUCUGGAGUACUUUGAGGAGGACAUACUGGAUCAAAGCUGUGACCCGCUGGACUAUUGGAACCUUAAGAAGUUCCUAUGGCCCGAGCUGGCAAAGGUAGCCGCCCGCUACGUGGGCUGCCCGCCCAGCAUCGUUCCAGCAGAGUCGCUGUUCAGCACUGCCGGCGGCAACUGUGCCCGAAGCCACCCCAGACCUUCACUGGAAAACAUGGAGGGUCUGCUCUUCCUAAAAGUCAACCUCCCUCUGAUCUACUUUCAAUACUGAUAAAGCAUUAACUUGAAAGCCCUUUAAUAAUAACAAAAAAAAGGACCAAGUGACAUAGCUGUGAAAUGGAGUUUUCUAUGAUGUGAUGUACAGUAUCAUGCUAUACACUGAUUUCUUGCUAUGCUGCAGCCGGGUUUUGUUAUUUUUUUGAUAAGUUUUGUUUAUCUUUUUUGGGGGGGGGGGGGGGGGGGGGGUAAUUUUAUUGCGUGUACUACUGUUUGAACACAUUGAAGUUCAUGAAGUCUCAGUGAAAAAGUGUAUCAGGGAGGGGUUUUCUAGCUGUAGGGGUUGUGUGUUUGCCCGAUUCUUCUUGUGUGUUGUCUCUCGACUCCUCUUUUCGUGCCUUAUCCAAAUCUACUUCAGGUCAAAAAAUGCUGUAAAUAUUUCUCGAUGAAAUCCGCGCAACCCCCUUCAGGUUGCUUUUGAAUAUAAUAUUACUGAUGCAGAGUUUUUUCCCUGUGAAAACGCGGCCCAAAAAAUGAAUGCUGUGACUGAAAAAUGUUUUAAGUUAAUGUUAUUUAAUUUUCAUUGUGAAAUUGUGGCUCAUGGUACUGUCAUAUAGAGCUAGACUUUUUUUUUUUCUUUUCUUUUUUAAACCUACUGAAUUGUUUUUAAUAAGACUGUAAGAUAUUGCUGUAUUUUCUGAAUAAGACAUUUGGAAUAUACAAUUUGUCUCUUAAGCACAAUUUAGGUUUAUGAUCAGGGGAUUAAUUUAUGGGUUUGAAAAAAGAAAUGUAUUUGUUUUAUAACAAACCAAAUUAGAAAAAUGUUUUAGCAUUGAAACUGGAACCAGUUUGUAAAUAAAGGUUUUUUUUUCCCUUA